CUGCGCCCAGGUCGUGAGGCGCCCUUCGACCAGCAGCGCCCGGGGCGGGAGGGUAUAAAUGGAGCGGUGGCUGCUCCAGCCGCCUCUCUCCGCCCCGGGUCGCAGCCGUCAGUGUUGCGUUUGGGCUCAGCAAGCCUGAAGCAGAAAAAAGAAAAAGCUUAAAAAAAAUUUAAAAAGCCUCAAAAACCUUAAAAAAAAAAGAAAAGAAGAAAAGAAGAGGAAAAAAAAAAGGAAAAGGGAAGAGAAAACAUUAGAAAAAGAGAACGAGACCGCGACUUGUGCUGGGAGCCCGCGGGGAAGUGAUUUUCACAGCUUCCGGCCUGCCUGUCCGUCGGCGUCUGUCUGUCCGUCCGGUGGUGAGCCAUCCCCCUCGGCCCGGCCCGCCCCUGCACGCCUCCGCGCCGCGUGGCAGCCCCGCGCCCCGGCUGACCGCACCACGUGUCCGCGCUGCCCUUCGCCGGCACCCGCAAAGAUUUGGUUUCCCCCUUCCCGGGCCGCUGUAACUGUAAACCGCCGGGAGCCCGGGGCCUAUAUUUAUCGCGAAACGCGUGUUCCCAAGGCGGCCGUGAGCGCAGCAUCUGAUUGCCUCUUGAAAUUCUGCCCCCGUUACAAGGGGAUUUCCUACUUUAAUUUUUAUUUUUUUUAAGCCCCAAGACAGGACAGCUGGAGAGUACGAACUCCAGGAGCGGGCCAUAUUGUUUUUGAGAGCCUUUUGUCUUGGGGCUUUUGCAGUCCCGUGCAAGCCGUCCCGCACUCGGGUCCCGGCUCGGAGCCUCCUGCUCCAGCCUUCCCCGGCGUCGCUGGUGCCACCUGUGCGCUGCGGCGCGUGCCACAGCUCCUCGGAGCCCCUUUUGUCCUGCAGUAGGCCUUGUUAGAAGUCCUCCUGGCGGGGCUCGGGGUCGUGGGGGGUGGGGAGAUGAACGCUGCAGCCAGCAGCUACCCCAUGGCCUCCUUAUACGUGGGCGAUUUGCACUCGGACGUCACCGAAGCCAUGCUGUAUGAAAAGUUCAGCCCUGCGGGGCCUGUGCUGUCCAUCCGGGUCUGUCGCGAUAUGAUCACCCGGCGCUCUCUGGGUUAUGCCUACGUCAACUUCCAGCAGCCAGCUGACGCUGAGAGGGCCUUGGACACCAUGAACUUCGACGUGAUAAAGGGAAAGCCAAUCCGCAUCAUGUGGUCGCAGAGGGAUCCCUCUUUGAGAAAGUCCGGGGUGGGAAAUGUCUUCAUCAAGAACCUGGACAAGUCCAUAGACAACAAGGCACUGUAUGACACUUUCUCUGCCUUUGGAAACAUCUUGUCCUGUAAGGUGGUCUGUGAUGAGAACGGCUCUAAGGGCUAUGCUUUUGUCCACUUCGAGACCCAAGAGGCCGCCGACAAGGCCAUCGAGAAGAUGAAUGGCAUGCUUCUCAAUGAUCGUAAAGUGUUUGUGGGUAGAUUCAAGUCCCGCAAAGAGCGGGAAGCGGAGCUCGGAGCCAAGGCCAAGGAAUUCACCAAUGUUUAUAUCAAGAACUUCGGAGAAGAGGUGGAUGAUGGGAAUUUGAAAGAGCUCUUCAGCCAGUUUGGUAAGACCCUAAGUGUCAAGGUGAUGAGAGACUCCAGUGGGAAGUCCAAAGGCUUUGGCUUUGUAAGUUACGAGAAACACGAGGAUGCCAAUAAGGCUGUGGAAGAAAUGAAUGGAAAAGAAAUGAGUGGGAAAGCCAUAUUCGUAGGCCGAGCGCAGAAAAAAGUAGAAAGGCAGGCUGAGUUAAAGCGGAAGUUUGAGCAGCUGAAGCAGGAGAGGAUUAGCCGGUACCAGGGAGUGAAUCUCUACAUUAAGAACUUGGAUGACACCAUUGAUGAUGAGAAAUUAAGGAAAGAGUUUUCUCCUUUUGGAUCAAUCACCAGUGCGAAGGUGAUGCUAGAAGAUGGAAGAAGCAAAGGGUUUGGCUUUGUCUGUUUCUCCUCUCCUGAAGAGGCGACCAAAGCUGUCACAGAGAUGAACGGACGCAUUGUGGGCUCCAAGCCUCUGUACGUCGCCCUGGCCCAGAGGAAGGAAGAGCGGAAGGCUCAUCUGACUAACCAGUACAUGCAGCGUGUGGCGGGGAUGAGGGCGCUGCCUGCCAGUACCAUCUUAAAUCAGUUCCAGCCUGCGGCUGGCGGCUACUUUGUGCCCGCAGUUCCGCAGGCUCAGGGAAGACCUCCAUAUUACACACCUAACCAGUUAGCACAGAUGAGGCCUAAUCCACGCUGGCAGCAAGGCGGGAGACCUCAAGGCUUCCAAGGAAUGCCAAGUGCUCUGCGGCAGUCUGGGCCUCGGCCAGCUCUUCGACAUCUGGCUCCAACUGGUAAUGCUCCGGCCUCUCGUGGCCUUCCUACUACUGCUCAGAGAGUCGGGUCUGAGUGCCCGGACCGCUUGGCUAUGGACUUUGGUGGGGCUGGUGCCGCCCAGCAAGGGCUGACUGACAGCUGCCAGUCUGGAGGCGUCCCUACAGCUGUGCCAAACCUUACACCUCGGGCCGCAGUUGCUGCCGCCGCUCCUAGGGCUGUGGCUCCGUACAAGUACGCCUCCAGUGUCCGCAGCCCACACCCUGCCAUCCAGCCGCUGCAGGCCCCCCAGCCUGCAGUCCAUGUCCAGGGUCAGGAGCCCCUGACUGCCUCCAUGCUUGCUGCAGCGCCCCCCCAGGAGCAGAAGCAGAUGCUGGGGGAGCGUUUGUUCCCACUUAUCCAAACAAUGCAUUCAAACCUGGCUGGGAAAAUCACCGGGAUGCUGCUGGAAAUCGACAACUCUGAGCUGCUGCACAUGCUGGAGUCCCCUGAGUCCCUCCGCUCCAAGGUGGAUGAAGCUGUGGCAGUCCUGCAGGCUCAUCAUGCCAAGAAAGAAGCUGCCCAGAGGGUGGGCACGGCUGCUGCUGCUACCUCUUAAACAGGAAAAAGAGUCGAAAGCCAAAUAACCCCUCAAAGCAUCCAGCUAAGGUCUGAAGACGUCCUAGUUUGUCUGUGGACCUCCACACCAAGAACCAAGUUGCAAAUUCAAUAGGUCAUUUUGUAUCAGAAGGUCAAUGAUGAAGCACCUAUAAUUUUUCAAUUGUAAGAAUAUAUUCUCUGGGUUCUGUUGAGGCCCAGGUGAUUACUUUUUUUUUUUCUAUUGUGGGUUCAGGUUUUUUUCCUUCAUCCCAGAAAUUGGUUUUUGAUGUACCCAAGACUUAAGUUUCUCAAAUAAAAGAAAUAAAAAUCUCCAUAA